AUGUCUUCUGAGACACGUGGAUCACCUGGUACAACUCCAUUAGUAGAGGAUGAGUCCUCUCCUCCUUCUGCUUCACAAAUCACAGGGAAUCAGACUUCUCAUGUUUCCAACUCCAGGAACCCCCUUGAAGAUCCAGCUGAUCCCUACUAUCUCCAUCAUGCUGAUAACCCCGGAAACAUUUUGGUUUCUCAACCUUUGACUGGCCAAGAAAAUUACGCAUCUUGGAGUCGAGCAAUGAGGCUUUCAAUUUCGAUAAAAAACAAGCUAGGCUUUCUUGAUGGUUCAAUUCCUAAACCUUCUCUUUCUGAUUCAGUUUUAUACAAUGCUUGGAUCGGUAACAACAAUAUUGUGAUAUCUUGGAUAUUAAAUUCUGUUUCUAAAGAAAUUUUUGCAAGCAAUUUGUAUAAUGAGUCUGCUGCAGUCAUUUGGACUAAUCUUCGGGUCAGAUUUCACCAGAAAAAUGGACAACACAUAUUCAAUCUUAUAAAGGAAUUAAUGAACCUUAAGCAAGAUGUUCUAUCCAUCAACAUGUAUUACACCAAGCUUUAG